AUGCGGAUUCUGACAUGGAACGUUAACGUGCUACGCACUGUGCUCGACUAUCAUCCCAUGCCUAAAAAGAACGUUGAGGGCCUACUGGAUACACUCGAGGCAGAUGUCUUUUGUUUCCAAGGUCAGGUUUCCUUUCUCACUCCGCUAACAUCAGAGCACAAAACUCGACGGGAACUCUUGGACAAAGCUACGGCUUGCCCUGGACGUUAUGAUGGGUUUUGGACCUUUCCUCGACACAAGUCCGGAUACUCUGGCGUGUGCACCUACGUUAACUCCGACUAUUGCGUUCCGCUGAAGGCUGAGGAGGGUAUCACUGGGCUUCUCCUGACUAGCAAAGGCGGAACGAUGAAGCCGCCGUGGACGCCCGAUGAACAGAUCGGCUGCUACCCAGAACUCGACGACGUUCCCCUCUUGGAAGAGACGGAAGGAAUUCCAUUCGACCCAGCGCGACUUGAUGUUGAAGGAAGAGCGGUGGUGUGCGACUUCGGCCUCUUUGUGCUCUUCAAUCUCUACGUGCCAAACAGGGGAAGUGAGGCAAGGGGCCCGUACAAGUUGAACUUCCUCACUGUCCUGAGGGCUCGAGUGGAGGCACUCAUGGCUGCCGGUCGAGAAGUGAUUUUGGCAGGGGACAUGAACGUCAUUCGACAGCCUAUCGACUUCGGCGAGGGUACGAUUGUGCCUGGUACUCACUACCUCGACCAUCCCGAUCGACUGCUCUUCGAAUCUUGGUGCCAUCCGAAAGGUCCACUCAUUGACGUGGUCCGAGAAUCUUUCCCCGACCGCGAAGGUAUGUACACGUGCUGGAACACAAAGAUCGAUGCGAGACCCGCCAACUACGGAAGCCGGAUCGACUACAUCUUGUGUACGCCGGGCCUGCGCAAAUGGAUCAAGGGAGGUGAUAUCCAGUCGAAGGUGUUUGGAUCAGAUCACUGUCCGGUGUACAUCGACCUGCACGACGAGAUUGAGGAAAACGGCAGGACAAUUCGACUGAAAGACGUCUUGAACCCUGCGAACAGGCCGCAGUCGACCGCGCCUAAGUUUCCGAGUGAUGUUCCCCGAACGGCCCCCGAGCCACCUCGCUUUGCAACAAAGUUCUUCGACGAAUUUUCAGGAAAACAACGGACGCUGAAGAGCCUCUGGGCGAACGCAAAACCGAAAGGAUCAAGCUCUCAGGCGACGGAGCAGCAACCACUGGUGCCGUCCCCAUCCAAAACCCCAACUCCGACCCCGGACCCGACGACCCCUACCCCGGCUGAAGUGGCACAAACCUCUAGUACACUUGGGGUAGCACGAGCUGCUUUCUCGUCCUUGGACUCACCCUCCUCGUCUGCGCAGCCGGCUGUGCAAGCACAAACUGCUGCUGCAGUGAAGACAGCGAAUGGUGCCCCGAAGCGUCCAGCCACCAUCGAUUUGACAGGGGAUGACGGACCCCGAAAGCGUGCCACAGUGGAGCGGUCAAAGUCAUCAACUAUGAAGAAGUCGUCGAAUGGCCAAAUGAAACUGGCUUCCUUCUUCUCACAGCCGGCACCCAAGGCUAAGGCGGCCUCUCCCGUCCCCAUCUCAGAGCGUGCGCAAGAAUCCACCCUCGCCGCGGUCCAAGGCGACAUCCCGGACACAGACCGAGAUGCUUUGAUCGCAAUUGCGAUGGCAGAAGAAGACGAGGAGCGCGAGAAGCAACGCGAUGCCCAGAAGCAGAAGAAUGCCCCCGCGUGGUCGGAGAUCUUCGCCAAGAAGGUGCCUCCGAAGUGCAAGGUGCACGGGAGACCAUGCAAGGACUUCAUCGUUAAGCAAGGCUCAAACAAAGGCAAACGGUUUUGGUUGUGCUCUUUGCCUGUAGGACCAGGGUACGACAUGGGCCGCUCAAAGCGACCCCGAGAACAGGUCAACCCCGAGUAUCGUUGUGACUAG